ACCGACAGACCGACAGACCGACAGACCGACAGACCGACAGACCGACAGACCGAUAGGCCAGCCUACCUGAACACUUACCCGCCUACACGGUUCCAUACCUGUCUAGCUAUCCACCAGACUGCUCUACACCCGCCUACAUCGGAACAGGCACGUAUUCAUUUGUCGCUAAAUGUUAACGAAAAUUCUGCGAAAGCUCUGCUUCCGCCCUCCCACUUGUCCACUGAUCCAACCACUCAUCUAACGACGUGCCCACGGGCGUGCCUACCUCCUUCCUCCUACCGUCCUAUCUACCACUCUCCCAUCCUCCUAUCGAGCUAUCCAUCCACCCACCCGCAAGCCCUUACGCCGAAAGCCCAAUAUCUCCCCAAAUCGGUUCCUCAGUCCUCGCUGUGUCGGACAGAAACGGGACUCCAUUUCACUUUCGAGCCUAGAAUCCCCGGCCUCAUCGAUUCUUCUGCUCCAGCGGGCCAGGAGUUGUGCCGCUGUCGUGGAAGGCAGCCCCCUCCGCCGAGCGGCGGUAGAAUCCCCGUUUUCCCCAAUGUCCCACAACUGGUCACUUGUUCGGCGGACACGUACCGGCACAAAAGUGUCGCAGGGCGAAAUCUGGCAGAUGAGACGGUCGGCUAUUUUCAGAUCCCCAUGAAAAGUUUGCCGUUCCCUACCUUCCACCCCAAGAUGGGCACUGUGAUGUACAGUUCAGGCAUCCGAAUUUGGCUUGGUUGCAGACACCACCGAGGUGUUCUCCUGGGCUACCUUACACAUAUUUUACUUGUGUGUCUCGGCCCAGCGAGACUAUCAACGCCACCCACCUGUCUUGUGUUCCCCAUGCUUGAUGUAGCCGAACUGAGGCCUAAUGAUGGCCAUCUUCAAAAUCUGGCUUUGUCUGCUGCCUUGUUGACAAUACCCUUGGAGCCGCCCGUUACCGAUGCGAGUCGUGGUUAUCCCCCUUGCUUCUGGCGUUCAGUUUCUGCGGCUCGUCGGUGUGUGCCUGGUGUGUUCACUUUUCCUCAGCCCAUCUAUGCUGCAAUGCGCGCGAAUAAAAGGACAUCUCUCCUCAAAUCGGCCUCAGUGAGCAUCAAAGACGUUGGCUCUUAG